AUGGUUAACUUUUCUGCCACUGGUCUCCAGCUCAGCAUGUGGCAGAAAUUACAACUUUUCUACCAAGGAAUUCUGGGAAAUGGAGAUAAGCGGACAGAUGGCUGGCCCCUGGUCUAUUCUCCUGUUCCUGUCGGCUGUAUCUUCCUGUGUUACCUGUUCAUUAUCUGGCUGGGACCAAAGCUGAUGGCCAAAAGACAGCCGGUCAACCUCAAACCCGUCCUGAUUGUUUACAACUUUGCCAUGGUCUGCCUGUCUGCAUACAUGUUCUAUGAGUUCACAGCGUCCUCCUGGUUGGCCAAAUACAGUCUGCUGUGUCAGCCUGUCGACUACAGCAACAGCCCACUGGCCAUGCGGAUGGCAAGAGUGUGCUGGUGGUUCUACUUCUCUAAAGUCAUUGAGCUCAGUGACACUAUAUUUUUCAUUCUGAGGAAGAAGAACAACCAGCUGACCUUCCUCCACGUCUACCAUCAUGCCACCAUGAUCUUCAACUGGUGGGCCGGGGUGAAAUAUGUGGCCGGUGGCCAGUCUUUCCUGAUUGGUCUGAUUAACUCUCUGGUUCAUGUAGUGAUGUAUCUGUACUACGGCCUGGCAGCGUUGGGUCCAGGAAUGUUGAAAUACCUCUGGUGGAAACGUUACCUCACAUCCCUGCAGCUGCUCCAGUUUUUCAUCGUAACCAUCCACACCACCUACAACCUGUUCGCCGACUGCGACUUCCCUGACUCCAUGAACGCGGUGGUGUUGGCCUACUCGCUCAGCCUCAUCGCUCUCUUCAGUAACUUCUACUACCACAGCUACCUCGCCAAAAAGACGGCCAAGAAAACAAAGUGAGAGAGGAAGAGGGAGACAAAUCAGGCAGCUUUGGACUGUCCUCUGCUCCUCACUCAACAGGAGGGAGGCAAAAUAAGAGAGGAGCACAUGAAAAAGCACUUUGAAGUGAAUAAAUCAAAGUUUCACAGUUAA